AUGGUUCUCCCGCCCUCAGAGGAUGGUCAGUGGUGGCAAUUGACAGAUGCCCAAUCGGGAUGCAGCUACUACUUCCACACGCGCACGCACGCCACGCAGUGGACACGUCCCGACGCCCAACUCGUCAUCCCGAUGACCGCUGUGCAACUCAAACUCAACGAAUGCACGCAGUCCAGCGGUCGAGUGAGGCGCGUACACAGUCUCCCACGCAAGACGGCUGUGGUGGAAAGGGCGAGGGAUAGCAUUGUAUCGCGCGACCAGACGGCGCUGGCUCAGGCUAGAGGCUCACCGUCCUUGCGACCCGAUGCGCCGCAGAGACGCAAACCGAGAACAGCCCCCACCACCACGCGUCCGCCAAGAAUCGAGUCCAACACGUUGGCAGCUGCACCGACGGUGGCCAUUCGAAGAGUGGGGAAAGGUUUGGCGCACGAUGCGGGGCAUGCACCCAUGCGAACACGCCGCUCCAUGCCCGUCCUCAAGCCGCGCAGAGCAGUCACCCAUCUACCGCCGGACCUAGCCCACGCACUCACCGUCCCCACCCGCACCCCCCAGCAACACCCCAAGCCCGCUCCAGCUCCCACUCCCGCUCCCUUGCCAAUCGAGCCCAAGACCGAGGCGAAGCUGCCGCGCUCGCGCUCGAUUCCCCUGCGCUGGUUUUCGCGCUGCAAACGACCACCCCUUCCCGACUAG